AUGUGGAUUCUUCUGCAGAUUGGCUUCAACGCUGGGGAUGGCAUUCAUGCAUACACUGUUCACGCGUCACAAACAGAAGAGGUGAUCAACAUGACUACGCUAUCCAAUGUGAACGUGCCAGGUCGGUUUGUUUUCAGAGUGGAUCUACCCGCGAUCAGAGAUCCUGCCUGCAAAGACCAUGGGGAUGUCGAUCUGUACCCUGCCAUUGAUACAAUGCUUGGAGGUAACACAAUAUUCAUACAGGGGCCUUGUUACGACAUCUUCACAUCCAAUGUAGUAUGCAAAUUUGAAAACACACUGUCCGGCGGAACUGUUGAGUCAUCGCUGAGGGCGUUCUGUGUGAGUCCUACGUUGUUAUCUGCUGGUGAUGUGGCAGUUCAUGUUUCGUUGGAUGGAGGUGCCACGUUUCCUUACACAGGACAUCUCCAAGUUGAGCUUCCGACAACUUCACCUAUGGUAUUCAAGGUCAGGGAGAGUGAGUGGUUGACAUCCAGCGAUCUCGAACUGAUGUGGGAUAUACAUCACCUUGAUGGAAUAGACACGGUCAAUGUCGUGGUCUAUUCCUAUUGGGAUUCACCAGACGAUGACCACAUGAAUCAGGAGAUUGUCGAGACGUUAGCUCGCGGCGUGACCUACAGCGAUGGUGGACUGAACUUUGUCAAACCUCAGUCGCGCCAUGUUGCAGCAGACGGGUCAGACCUAAUGGGUGUAAUUGGCGUUAUUGAGGAUGUCGAUGAAGACAAGAACAGGUUAGUUGUGAAAAAGAGACAACGGAAAUUCUUUCAGUCAAAUUGUUUUCUCCAAUCCGGAGGGCUAUUUGGAGCGAAGUUGAUUCUCUUCAAUGGCUGUUCCCGCAAAACUCUACAUCUUGGUGCACUGAAUGGACCAACAGCAACGGACUCCCAGACCGGGGCUCCCUCGACACUCGCACUGCUUGUCCAUGUUUGCUCCGUCAAGCCAAGAGAGAUCUCGGUCGCUACCGCCCUCGGCAGGACUGCAGGGACGAUGCUUGGGGAAAGUUUCCAGAAAACUGUGAAGACAGGCCCGGUGCUUUUCACUGUGUAG